AUGGAAACUAAACAAACUAAUGUUGCAAAUUCGGAAACAAAUUGUUUGACCUCAUCAAAUAGUAAAUCGAACAAUUCAUUGACUAGAUGCGUUAGCAAUAUUUUACAUAAGGGUUUUAGUAAGAAGAGAAGUGAGUCAGAGCAAGGAUCAAAUUCUUGUAUACGAAAGGAUGGACGAAACUCCAAGUCCUUAAUGCAAUCAGAAUACAAAUGCACAACAACAGCUCCUGCAUUCUCAUCAAAAGGAGCGCCAGCGUCCACUCUCACCAUUGCAACUCCUCAAAAGAUUCCUUCACCUUCACUAGACGAAACCAAUGAUAACAAUUUCUUCCACUCCCAACACAAUUGUACCAAGAGGAGAAGAAACACAGUCUUCUUUCCCUCAACUCCAAGUAUUGAUGGUGUGAAAACUCCAACUUCUCCAAGUGGCUUGUUUCACUACUCGAGGCGAUUGAGUGUUGAUCAUGCAACAAUGGGAAACAUUUUAGGAAGAAUUAUGUUUGUUGAGGAGAGACAAGUCAUGUUUCUUAAUUUCGAGAAUUUAAAGAUUGAAUCGAUCAAACAUUUGGAGAAUAUUGCUGCAUGUAUUCGAAUGUUGGUAAAAACUUCGAUGGAGUCAAAGAGGAAAGAUGGUCAAUUUGAUGGAAAGAUUAAAUGUUUUUUGAAUGAUGACGAUUUAGAUUGUGAUUCACAUUUGUUUGAUACCUAUACACAAACAGUUCAUAUGAACCCUCUAUUCGAAACUGUCACUCGAUACACCAAUAAGAGUUUAUUUUCAGAUCAUCAGAGAAAAAUCCAAAAAUCCCUCAGAGAUUGUGAAGUCUAUGUAAAGACAUGUCCAUGCAUUCUGGAUCGUUAUGUUUUCAUGGUCGAUGAUCAGAUUGGUAAGGGAACUUAUGGAACAGUUUCACUUGCAAUGGAUUUGAGUUUGGGAAGAAAGGUAGCUGUCAAGAGAUUAUGUAAGAAAACUGUCAAACUCAUUGGUAUUGAAGAGUAUGUGCAAAAUGAAAUGGAAAUUAUGAAACUCUUGAGGGAUAAUCCACAUGAAAAUAUUGUCCAGGUAUUAGAUAUUCAUGAAAGCGAGGCAGAAUAUCUAUUUGUAAUGGAGUACUUGUCAGGUGGUUGUCUGGAUAAUCCCUUCGAUGAAUUUGAAAUCAUUCCAGAAAGUCAAGCACAAUUAUACUUUUGUCAACUGGUGGAUGCUGUUGAUCAUUUGCAUUCAAAGUUAAAAGUUUUGCAUCGAGAUAUACAGCCAUCUAAUUGUUGCUUUCUAGAUACUGAAAAGAAAUGGUUAAAAUUGGUUGACUUUGGUUUGAGUUGUCAACCAACAGAUUUCACUAAGAAGGAACAUACAUUAUUUUGUGGAAAUAGUAAUUAUGCAUGUCCUGAACUGUUACUAAAGAAGGCAUAUGGAUCUGAAGUUGAUGUCUAUGCACUAGGAGUCCUUCUCUAUAAGAUACUGUUUGGUUGUUUCCCAUUUCGUGGAGCUCAACAGAAAUUGCUCAUGCACUUUACAGUUCCACUGAAGGAUGAUGUAAAUGGAGAUGAUGCAAUGGGAAGUGAUGAUUGUGGUCAGAAUAUUUCGAAAUGUUGUAAAGAUUUGUUGCAUAAUAUUUUGGAAGUCAAUUGUGAAAAGAGAUUUUCCAUACAAGAUAUCAAGAAUCAUCAAUGGUACAAGAUUGGAAAAACUCAGAAGGUGGAUUUACUAGAAAGUCACGAAUAA